UUUCUAUGUAAAGGGUCUGACUCCACACGCUUUCUAAGCUGAAGUUCGCAUCUGUUCUCACAAAAGCAAGGCAUGAAUUGAGUCCAACCCAGAGAGAGUUGCAGUAAGAAAUACACACACGCAAUUCUGUUCAACGCUCCUCUGGUCUUGAAAUCGCCUCAUAGGUCUCGCAAGUUAUUUCGCAUCGAGGUAGAGGAGUGACUGCGGUGCAAACGAUAUGUCUUACGCAUAUCUCUUCAAGUACAUUAUAAUUGGCGAUACAGGAGUGGGAAAGUCAUGCCUCCUGCUGCAGUUCACAGACAAGCGCUUCCAGCCAGUGCACGACCUCACCAUUGGCGUGGAGUUUGGGGCACGAAUGAUCAACAUUGAUGGGAAGCAGAUCAAGCUGCAAAUCUGGGACACGGCUGGUCAAGAGUCAUUCCGAUCCAUCACACGGUCCUACUAUAGGGGAGCUGCUGGUGCACUGCUGGUGUAUGACAUCACCAGGCGGGAGACAUUCAACCACCUGGCCAGCUGGUUGGAGGAUGCUCGGCAGCAUGCCAACCCCAACAUGACCAUCAUGCUCAUCGGCAACAAGAGCGACCUCACUCACCGGCGCGCUGUCACCACAGAGGAGGGUGAGCAAUUUGCCAAGGAGCACGGGCUUGUAUUCCUGGAGACAUCUGCCAAGACUGCACACAAUGUUGAAGAGGCUUUCAUCAACACAGCACGCAAAAUCUAUGAGAAGAUAGAGCAGGGCGUCUUCGAUGUCUCCAACGAGUCUUAUGGCAUCAAGGUGGGCUAUGGCGCUGGCGGUAGCGCUGGCGGCACAGUGCGCCCCGGAGACCCGGCCCCUGCAAAGAGCAGCUCCUGCUGCUGAAUGCAGUCCCUGCUCCCUCUGCGGCGCUUGCCCCUUCUGCCGCAAAGCACAUGAAAUUGCCAAGUAGAAUGGUGCACAGGUGCUUGUCAGCGACAGCUCAAAUUCCUGGCGACAGGCAGAGCAGCAAAAGGAAGGGACCCCAUACAGGAACUUCCUUGAAGCAAGGAAGCUUGAAGCAAGGAAGCAUCAAUCAAUCUGUACAUUACAUCACAUCAGCAAUGAUCCAGAGCUAGCUGGGAUGAGGCAUGGGGUAGGCUGGAUGACCUUGAUCACUAAGAUCGAAGAGAAAUCUCAGAGCAUGGCACCCUGUAUGAUUGGAAGGAAAGGCUCAAGCAGUGCUCUUGUUCUAUGGUUUUAUUUCUGGUGAACGUGGUCGUCUGAGAUGUGCUUUGUUAGCAUGCUGUGCAGGAAUAACAAGAGACAUGCCAUAUGCUACCAGUGAUAUUAAACGGGCAAGAUGAAGAAGCAGGCACAAAAGUCAUGUGGGAGGAGAAGUUAAAACUUGGCUUAAUGAUGGUUUGUU